AGGGAAUAUACUGGCACUACUUAUUCGUGUUGUAGUGUUGUUUUCCUCGAGUGAAUUUUCGAUUUAGCUCCAAUUGAAAUAAGACGGCAAUUCAACUAGCAACAAAAAUGUCAAGACAAAGCGGUCGUUCUAGUGAUCCAAGAAAAGUGAGCCAAGAGCUGUUUACGCUGACAUAUGGAUCCCUGGUCUCUCAGCUGGUCAAAGAUUAUGAAAGUGACGAGGAAGUCAACAAACAGCUGGACAAAAUGGGUUAUAAUAUAGGAAUUCGUCUGGUGGAGGACUUCUUAGCUCGUUCAGGGGAGAGAAGGUGCAAUGACUUUAGAGAAACAGCUGAUAUAAUAGCAAAGUCUGGCUUCAAAAUGUUCUUGGGUAUCACUCCUACAGUAUCCAACUGGAGUGCAGCAGGGGAUGAGUUCUCUCUAGUACUUGAUAAUAAUCCACUGACUGACUUUGUAGAACUACCAGAAGAACGUAGCCAACUCAACUAUUCCAAUAUCCUGUGUGGAGUCAUCAGGGGAGCUUUAGAAACAGUCCAGAUGGAUGUCAAUGUUCGAUUUGUUCAAGAUAUCCUCAAGGGAGACAACCAGACAGAAAUCAAAGUCAAGUUUAUCAAGAGGUUAGAAGACGCUGUGCCGGCUGGAGAGGAGUGAAUAACCCAAUCAGUGUUAAAUUAUUCUAUUAUGUAUAUACUGCUAGAUUUGUUCCCAUUUGCCUAUGUUGAUGGCAGGGAACACAUCAGAAAAUAACCCUUACAGACUGUAAUAGUAUUUUCUCUAACUAAAUACUAUCAGAAAUAACUCACUAGGAAACAAUAUACUGGGCUUUUCAAACCCAUGUUGUCAUAAACUCUCCGUGUGUAAUUAACAUAAAUCAUAACAUGUGAGAACUGUGUACAGCUAGCUGGAAACCAUCCAGUUGUAGGAGCUGCCAACUGAGGGCGCUAUACAUAGACAAGAUGAUCCACUUGUCACACAGACUAGGUAUUUUAGCAUGUGGCCUCUUCUCAUUCACACCAAACUGUAUGGACAUGGAUAACAUUGGAACGCCUGAUACGCAAUUGUUAUUUAAGGCCUACUGGCUCCAUUCCUUCUGAAUCCCUCACUUUACCAUUGGGCUAUUUUGAGGUAUAGUUGACACAUCACUGCUUCACUUAUUGGUUUGGGUUCAUUUGUCUGUAUGCACCCAAUCCAAACAGGGCUCUCUUAUAGUGUCCACCAUACCUCAAACAGGCUAAUUGGAUAUAGACUCUUGACACAAAGAGGAAUUCUUCUAAAUGAACCAUCAUUUUUGGUUGUCUUUGUGUAUAUUUCGACUCCCAAAAUGGCACACAGGAUUUGGUGUGAGUGCACCCCACGUUGGGUGCGUUCGUUUAGCUUCCCUGGGUAGACCCCGGUCUGCCCCGGUACAGUCAAAUAGCUUUGACGGGGCU